UUGCGAAUCUGAUUGAAGAUUGUGGAGUAUGUCUGUAACUGUUCCCAAGUACUACUAUAACGAUAACAAGAGGUCGUUUGCCUAUUCAACAGCUCGAUCGAGAUGGCCCAAGAUUCUUGAUGGUGCAAUUGGCGAUAUUUCUAAUCUCAUUCGAAAACAAAGUAAAAAUGAGGACAAUGACAGUGCUUACUUGGAACAAGCUAAGGUAAUUGAAAGCCAGUUAAUUGAUAUGAAGGAUGAAUUAUUGUCAAACAAAGAGUUGAGUAAGUUUAAUAAUUCUGAGAUUCCUGGGUUGGAUUUUUACGAUAAACAAAUUGAGGAAUACAAAAAAUAUUUGUUAGUUGAUAAUGAAGAAGAGAAAUUGAGCUGGUUGAACAGCGCAUGGCUAUUUUCUGAGACGUAUUUUUAUAGGAGAAUUGAUGUUAUUGUUAAAAAUCAAGACUUGUUUGAAGAUUAUGAUAUAUUUGAAAAUUUAAAACAAGACACAUUCAAGUCCUCGCAUUUUGGGGUGGAAGAGUUGGCAAUUCAUUACAAACAAUUGCAUUAUGAGUUUUUGGACAAGUUUGAGAAGCAAAAAGCGAGUGGAGAAAAAAUUGAGGAAAAAGUGUUGGAAUUGUUAUUUGAUGAAUUUGCAGAGAUUAGUUUAUGGGGAAAUGCUACGGAUUUAUCAUUAUUGACUAAUGCUACAUUGAAAGAUAUCCAAUCUGUUCAAGGAAAAGAAGCGAGAAAGAAAUCGGAAGAGUACAUUUUAAUCAACGAGUUGGAUAGAGCAUGGAAGGCGUUGUAUCAUGGGGGUAAGAAUGGAGAUGGGAAAAAACGAGUUGAUUUUAUUUUAGAUAAUUCAGGGUUUGAAGUAUACACUGAUCUAGUUUUCAGUUUGUUUUUAUUGGAUUCGAAAAUUGCAGAUGAGAUCGUAUUGCAUUGCAAACCUAGACCAUGGAUGGUGUCUGACGUUACUAAGAAGGACUUUUUUUUGACAAUUGAGGAUUUGUUGGAUAAAGAUGGUAGUUUUUUUGGAGAAAGAGUUGUUCAUAAAGAGGAAUUGAAAUUUGUCGGGGAACAAAUCCAAAAGUAUUAUGAAAGGAAGCAAAUUAUUCUAAAGGACAACGAAUUUUGGACACUAAACUCUGGGUACUGGGAUAUUUCAGGAAAGAAAGAAAACAAAGAACUUUACGAUUAUUUAUUAGAGUCGAGUUUGAUUAUUUUUAAGGGAGAUUUGAACUAUAGAAAACUAACCGAUGAUAGAGUUUGGGAUAGAAGCGUUGAUUUCAGUGUUGCGAUUCAAGACCUAGCAUGGUCAAAAUUGAAAAUGCUAUCAUUGAGAACCUGCAAAGCAGACGUCGUUGCUGGAUUGCCCAAGGGAAAAGACGAAGAGUUAUGCAAGUACUGGGAAAGUUUGGGCAAUGAAGUAGGAGAGUUGUGGUGCAGUUCUGGCAAGUGGGCAGUGAUGAGUUUUUCAGAUGGAAAGCAGCAACAGUAGACUGUGAAGCAGCAACAACUAGUCCCAAUCAGUAGCUGGGAACCAACCAUACAUAGAUAAAUCAACCUUUAGAAGAUCUGGAUCGACGUGGACGUUCUCUUGAAGUAGUCUGUGUAGCUGGCGUAGCUCGUCAUUGGAAUUGGCUCUCUUGGAGAUCCUGCCCUGGGAGUUGAUAACCCUCCACCAGGGAACAGUGGCGCUGUCGUAUCCAGCAGAACCAGCAGAACCAGCAGAACCAGCAGAGACAGAGGGCUGGGGAAGCAACUUGAGGGAGUGGCCCACCUGGCGGGGGUUGGAGGGUCUGUCGAUCAUCUUCGCAACGUGGCCGUAGGUGGUGACGCAGCCCCAGGGCACAGUUCU